AUGUUUAAAUGCAACAAAUACAAUUUCUUGACACUGAAUUUAGAUCUAAUGCCCACACAGGCUGGAUCUUGGGGACUUAUCCAAAAAGUAACAUGAAAAUUCUUCACAGCAAGAAAAACUCUACUCAGUAAGCAAGAGAAGACAGCCCAGAUUCACCCUGCUAUUCAUUACCUGUAACAGUUUCACUUUCUAGGACUUUGCAGAUGCUAUGAUGAAGGUGAAAGUUAGUGCCUCUUACUAACAUACCACACUGAAAAUGUAUAUUUAAAAUGUACAGUAUUUCUCAUCUAGCUUUUUAUAUCUACACAUUUAGGGCCAAAUUCUGAUACUCUUAUUCAGGCUGAAUAGUACCAGAUUUUAAUAAGAUCACUAAAAGACAACAGUACUAUUCAGCCUAAGAAAAGGUAUCAGAGUUUGGCCAUGAGGCUUUUUCUUUUUUAAAUGAAAACAACCACACUACUUUUAUUUGUACAAAUCCCCCUGUCAGAUUGAAGCAAAGUUCACACAAAUCUUGCUUCCUCUGCUAUUUCUAAUGAAUUUUUCAUAUUACAGUUUGAUGUCAGAUUCAUCUGUUUUGUUAAAAACCUCAUAUAAUUGCACUUUGAACACGUCUCUCACUCAAACAAAAUAUUUGCUGUUAGAUUAAGAUUUUUGGGCCACAAACACAGUAGCAUGAAGGGCCUUGAACUGGCCUUCAUUCUGCUAUCAGUGCUAUCAGGACAGCUUCAUACUGCUUCCAGAAUGUUUUGAGAACACUGUACACAGAGGGAUUGCCGAUGGACCAUUUACAGAAUGCUGUAAUAAAAAAAAACAAAAAAAAUCAAGGUUCUCCUCAGGUCUUUCUCUUCAAGACUCUCCACAGUCACAAUCAAUGUACGUUAGUUCUUAGUGUGUGUUGUUAAACUAAAGGUCAUCUUUGAGCUGUGCCAUGUAAGUUUCACGAAAUUGUUGCCUCUUGAUCUCUGCAUGAGGUGGCGUUUAGAAGAAACUGUUAAGCUUAGCAUGCAAAUGAAGGACUGUUCAAGGAACAAUCUUUGAUUUACCAUCAAGGAUCUAUUUCUAGGAUAAAUUCUGGUGUUCAGGAGAGGCACAGCAAAGAACAUGCGCCCACUACCCCAAAGAAGGAACAUGUUACCUGGCAUCAAGGAGCAUAUCUCAAUGGACAGAAGGAGAAAGACUGAAAGUCUACUGCCCAGAGCAGGAUUUCAGCCAUAGAUCAGCCAAAAUGCUGACAUCUAAACUAUAUAAAUUACUCACAUCCUACCAUGUAAGGGCUUCCUAUUGGAAGUUUAUCUGUUUGAAGGACAGUUUCUUAAAUUGAUCAAAGAAAGAUUUCUCUUUCUAAUUACUUGAGAAACAUUCUAACAGGAGUUUGUUACAUACAGUCUCCAGAGAAACAAAUGUGUUACCUGUUGUUUUAUGGUACAAUACAACACUGUCUGCACCCCUGCCUGCCUUUAGCAAUGAAACUGAUGUGAGCUUGAUUUGAAUAAGGGAAUGCUAGUCAUUCAGUUGAUCACCGAUUUUUUUCUUUCCUGAAUUUCUUUUUAUUAUAAUGAUUUUUUUUUAAUUUCAGUCAACUUUGUUCAGAUGAGAUUCUCAUCCACAUAUAUGCUGACCUCAUAACUAGAACCAAGCAAAAUGGAUACUGAUUAUUCACAUGCCAAUGCAUAUCAUACAAAAUAUUACAUUUCCCCUCAUUAAUAUCAAAUUGACAUUAUACAACACAUAAAUGCUGAUUUGCCUUAGUCCCAAUCCCUUAUCUACCCCACCCUACUUCCACCCAGAAGGCAGGAUUGGAUAUUUCCUCAAGAAGGGUGGAGACUGAAAGACAGAGAUAUAAUAUCCAGUAACUUGACCAAAAAUUUGGCUCAUAAUUCUUUUUGGUAGUGUGUGAAUACUACUGAAUCCAUAUUUAUCUCUGUGAUCCAAAAUAAACUGCAGAAAAUGGCUCUGAAUAUACCUGGCUUGGUAGCUUUGAUUGUGUUUUAUGCAAUAACUUUUGCCAUUGGAAUUUGGGCUUCUUGGAAAAGCAAAAAGGACCGGAAGAAAGGGAAACCAAGUGAGAUGAUCAUAGUGGGGGGCAGGAACAUGAAUUUUUUCAUUGGAUUAUUCACUGCAACUGCAACAUGGGUCGGAGGAGUAUAUAUCAAUGGUACAGCUGAAACUGUCUAUCUUCCCACAAGAGGACUAGUGUGGGUCCAGGCACCAAUAGGAUUUGCUUUGUCCCUUGUUAUUGGUGGCCUCUUCUUUGUAAAUCCAAUGAGAUCCAAAAAUUAUGUGACAAUGAUGGAUCCUCUCCAAGAAACAUACGGGAACAUGAUUGGAAGCCUUCUCUUUAUUCCACCAUUAAUAGGAGAUAUAUUCUGGUUUGCAGCUAUUCUUGCUUCAUUAGGGGCAACAAUGAGGGUCAUUUUGGAUAUCGGAGGCUAUUUGGCCAUCAUCAUAUCGGCAUGCACUGUUAUACUCUACACUUUACUGGGAGGGCUGUAUUCAGUUGCAUACACAGAUGUGAUACAGCUGAUUUUUAUUAUGCUCAGCCUGUGGAUCUGUGUCCCAUUUGCCCUGCUCAACUCUGCAACAGAAAACAUUUAUUACACUGCUGCUCAGGAAUCCUACCAAGCCGCUUGGACUGGGCAAGUACAAACAGAAUAUCUUGGAAGGUGGCUGGAUGACUUCUUAUAUCUGGUUCUUGGUAGUAUCCCGUGGCAAAUUUAUUUCCAGCGAGUUCUCUCAGCCUCCUCACCAAGACAAGCAAGGCUCAUUUCCUAUCUCUCUGGAUUGGGGAGCUUUUUAAUGGCCAUCCCCUCUGUGCUCAUAGGGGCUGUAGCAGCAUCCACAGACUGGAACCAGACGAGCUAUGGUCUUCCAACACCAGUGGAGAGAGGAGAGUCAGCCAUGAUACUGCCAUUAGUGUUGCAUUAUCUCUGUCCAACCUACAUUUCCAUUGGCGGCCUGGGAGCUAUUGCUGCUGCCGUCAUGUCUUCCGCAGAUUCAGCCCUUCUCUCUGCCAGCUCUAUGUUUGCACACAAUAUCUACAGAAAAAUUCUUAGGAAACAGGCUACGGAGAAAGAAGUUGUCUGUAUAAUGAGGGUCUCCAUGGUGGUUUUUGGGGCAGCCGCUGCAGGCCUGGCUUUUUACUCCCAUUCUAUUUAUGAUCUGUGGUUUCUGAGUGGUGAGCUGGUGUAUGCCCUUCUCUUUCCUCAGCUCUUCUGCGUCCUCUUCAUUCCCAACACCAACACAUAUGGCUCAGCUGCUGGAUUCUUCUUCGGGUUCCUGUUAAGGCUGCUGGCAGGGGAGCCUUCCCUGAAAAUCCCCCCUGUAAUCCACUACCCAGGCUGCUCCCUUGUGGAUGGGGUCUACAUCCAGCUGUUCCCUUUUAAAACCUUCACCAUGCUUCUCACUUUGGGGACUAUCGUUGCUGUUUCAUACCUGGUGGCAUUUUUGUUUAAGAGAAACAUCCUCCCUCACAGAUGGGAUGUUUGCAGUAUAAUAGAAGAAAAUAGUGCAUUCACCCACCCGCCCUGUGCCAUAUAGAAGAAGUGGAUUUACAAGCAGCUAUGCUACUAGAGA